AGUGGCAGUAGUGGCGUGGCAACCAAGCCUGGCUCCAGUUUGGUUUUUAUUAUUCCAUUCCGGUGUAAAAUAAUUUAUAGCUUUUAAACUUUGCAUUUGUUUUUAGAAUCACUUAUUACACAAAAAUAGUUAAUCUUUAACUAUUUAAAAAUGUGGAAAUUUAUUUUAUUAGUUGGUUUCCUUUAUAUUGCUUCUUGUUCCGGAAGCAAUGCAGAUAAAGCUAAAGGACCAAAAGUAACAAAGAAGGUUAUUUUUAAAAUAAGUAUCGGAGAUGUUGAGGAAGGUUCAAUAGAAAUUGGCGUUUUCGGUAAAACUGUUAAUAAAACUGCUGAAAAUUUUGCUGCACUCUGCGAAAAACCUGUAGGUGAAGGAUAUAAAGGAAGUAAAUUCCAUAGAGUUAUUAAAAACUUCAUGAUUCAAGGUGGUGAUUUUACAAGAGGAGAUGGAACCGGAGGUCGAAGUAUCUACGGAGAGAAAUUUGCUGAUGAAAAUUUCAAAUUGAGUCAUUAUGGUGCUGGUUGGUUGUCAAUGGCAAAUGCCGGAAAAGAUACAAAUGGUUCUCAAUUUUUCAUUACAGUUAAUAAAACACCUUGGCUUGAUGGAAAACAUGUUGUUUUUGGCAAAGUUAUCAAAGGAAUGAAUGUUGUAAGAAAAAUUGAAGAAACUGCUACAGAUAGAAACGACAAACCAAAUAAGGAUGUUGUUAUUACCGAUUGUAUUGUGGAAGUAGUAGAGCCAUUUAGCGUAUCAAAAGAAAAUGCCACAGAAUAAAUGUGUAUAUGGUUAAGAAGGCUCAAAAAUUUAUAAACAUAUUGUGCACUGUACAAAUACUUUCCUUUUUUUUAUACAAAUACAUAUUGAAUUUUUUAAAAUGAAUAAAAAGAAAGUUUUUCAAAAUA